AUGAUCCGCCAGGACCCUAACAGAUUUUCCAAGAGACAAAAGCCAGAUUAUAGAAAAACACAAUUUGCAGAGAAACCCGCCUAUAAAGAUCUCAGUUACCCGCACCGUUUAAAUUUCUACUCGAUACCCCCUACAGCCGACAUAACUUUGGAACAGUUUGAACAAUGGGCGAUUGAUCGUCUGCGAGUUCUCGCAGAGCUCGAAGCAUGUUCUUUCAGAAACAGAUCCCCCGCCGAGACGGCAGUCCAUAUGAAACCUCUCCUCGAUAAAUAUCUACCUCUUUCUGCUUCUUCUUCCGGCUCGAGUACACUGCAGGCCGAAAGACAGAAAGAUCAUUAUAGUCAUUUCAUCCUGCGGCUUGCAUUUGCAUCUACAGAAGAUUUGCGAAGACGGUUUUCUCGGGUUGAGUCUAUGUUAUUCCGUUUGCGGUUUCAGGCGGACGAUUUGAGAGAACGGCAAGCAUUUGUGGAAGGUUUGAAUCUUGAUUGGGAGACAGUGAGCGAAGAUGAGAAGAGAGACUAUUGGGAACAACUGAAGGGGGCCGCGGGUAGAGAUAAGAUGCGCAUCGAAGAAGAGAGUUGGUUCAAAGUAGACUGGGAGAGGGUACCGGAAUUAGUAGAGGGCCGAAGGAUAUUCCUGAGAGGCGGAAAAGCAUACGUACAUUCCAGGGAACAACUUUCAAUGGUCGUUGCGGAAUUUGCAAGUAGGCUGGAUAAAGCUCUUGAGAUUACAUCUCGCGCACUCCCUCGGCUCGAUGAAGACGAUCGACUAACCCCAAUCUUAACCCAUCUUUCUCAAAACUUCACCACGCCUGACGCGACCUAUUCUAGUUCGGCUACUGCGGUAGAUGGGGCAGACAUAUCCGCCCGUAACAUCGAUGCACUCUCCUCUUCAUUCCCUCUUUGCAUGCAAAACCUCCACAAGUCUCUCCGCCGCGACGCCCAUCUCAAACAUUACGGCCGUCUCCAAUACACUCUAUUUCUUAAGGGCAUCGGCCUCAACCUCGAAGAAUGUCUUGUCUUCUGGCGAUCGUCUUUUAGCAAGAUUACAGACGAUGUAUUCAAUAAAGAAUACAGGUAUAAUGUUCGUCACUCAUAUGGUGAUGUAGGAGGAGAUUCGAAUCGCAGAGGAAAUGGUUACUCUCCGUUUAGUUGUCAGAAAAUCUUGACGGAACAUCCGCCAGGACCAGGAGAAUCGCAUGGCUGUCCUUAUAGAUAUUUUAGUAUUGACAACCUAACAUCGUUAUUGCGUGCCGUGGGGGUGAAUGAUCAGGAGGUCUUGAGGGGGGUAAAAGAGGAUAAGGAGAAGCAAAAGUUCCAUCUUGCUUGUAAUCGCGUCUUUGAAUAUGCACAUAAACAAGAGAUCAAGAAAGUCAAAGAUGAUGGUACAUGGGGUGCAGCACAAUUAGAGACCCUUGUCCACCCUAACGAGUACUUCAAACGAAGUUACCUACUCAAAAAUCUGGGAAAGAAUCCUACAGCAGAGGAAGAUGCCAAAAUGGACGGUUGA